GUGGAUUUCGUGAUACUUACUCGGAUCGACAUGCGGGUCAUCAAGGCGUACCUUGGGAAGGUCAGGCAGGGCCAUCGCAAUCGGAAGGCGACGAAGGCUCUGCAGCAGAAGAAGGACAACGUGACGAUGAUCGUCAACAACUUUGAGGCUCUGUCGAUCUCGGACAAAGAAGCUGUGAUCACGCGGGUGCUGGCAAACCACAAGAAGGAUUUCAACCUGGAAAAGCACUUUGCUGACGCAGACGUGAACCAGGACGGGAAACUGACUGCGGUCGAGUUUCAUUCGUACAUCUCUUCACAGUUCUUGCCCAAGACGUUGUCGACAUCGCUUGGGCAUAGCUCGUUGGAGCCCCCGACGGCGCAUCAGCUGCGUCUUGUCAUGCUCGCUUCCGGCAUUCCGUUCAUCGGGUUUGGCGUCGUGGACAACCUCAUCAUGCUCUUGGCAGGCGAUUUCCUUGAAACCAACAUCCGGCUCAUGCUGCCGAUCUCGCUCGUUGGGGCCGUCGGUCUUGGCAACUGCGUCGCCGACGUUGCUGGGCUCAGCCUCGGCGGGGUCAUCGAGUCGUUUGCUCGAAAGCUAGGCAUCCAGGACCCCCAGUUGUCAUCGACUCAAGCUCGCAUGCCACAUGUCCGUGCGAUCAGCUAUGCUUCACAGGCAAUCGGAAUCUCUUUCGGAUGCCUCGUCGGGAUGUUCCCGCUCUUAUUUAUGAACUUUGACGACGAGGACGAAGACGAGGUGAAGAAGGCCGUGAAAAAGCGAUACCGUGUGCGCAUGUCUGCGCCGCCAGAGCACACCGCCGAAGAAGAUGCGAUCGAUGCCGCACUGGAGUAGGAAGCCAAGCGCUUUCGACCAAAGCACGUCGACUUUCUUCAGUAGUUGGUCAUAAACGUACUUGAGGGGCAAUGUAAAUCCUUCCAGAAUGGGACUACGUACUGUCCACCACCCUGCUCACGAGCUC